UACAGAAAUAUUCACAGAAUGGCCACUGGUAAUUAUUCUGCAGCACCCGUGUUUGUCUCGGUGGGACUAACACAGCAGUCAGAGGUCCUGCUGCCUUGCUUCCUUCUGUUCCUCAGCAUCUACAUGGUGACAGUAAUGGGGAACCUGGGCAUGAUCCUUCUGGUCUCAGUGAGCCCACUGCUACACACUCCAAUGUGCUAUUUCCUCAGUGCACUUUCUUUUGUGGAUCUCUGCUAUUCCACUGUUAUUACCCCCAAAAUGCUGGUCAACUUCCUUGGGAAGAAGAAUUUGAUCUUUUAUUCUGAAUGCAUGGCUCAGCUCUUUUGCUUUGUGUUUUUUGUGGUAGCUGAGGGAUACCUCCUAACUGUGAUAGCUUAUGAUCGUUAUGUUGCCAUCUGCAGACCACUGUUUUAUAAUGUCAUCAUGUCCCGGCUGUGCUUGAUGUUAGUGCUGGUCACCUUCAUCCUAGGUCUUCUGUCUGCCUUGGCACAUACAAGUGCUAUGAUGAAACUGAGCUUCUGUAGAGCCCACAUCAUCAGUCAUUACUUCUGUGAUGUUCUCCCGCUCCUCAAUAUCUCCUGCUCCAACGCACAUCUCAAUGAACUUCUCCUUUUUAUUAUUGCUGGACUCAACACCUUGCUGCCUACCCUAUCCUAUGUGUUCAUCUUCUUCAGCAUCUGUUGUACACAGUCCUCACAGGGCCGGUCCAAAGCCUUUGGAGCGUGCAGCUGUCAUCUCAUGGCCGUGGGAAUCUUCUUUGGGUCUAUCACCCCCCUCAAGCAACUCCUCUCAAGCAACUCCCUAGAGCAAGAGAAGGUUUCUGUGUUCUACACCACAGUGAUUCCCAUGCUGAAUCCAUUACUAUAUAGUUUGAGGAGCAAAGUUGUGAAGAAAGCACUGUGCAAAUGA